GCGAGGCGAUACUCUUCGUGGAUAACUCUCGUCUCUCGUAUUCGUCUACGAAGCGUAGCGCGGUCGCAGAGGAGCGGAGCAGGGUGCAAGGCUCUGCUGGAGCUCCGUUUCAGCCAGCUCCGAGCGAUCAAGGCCAUUGACAGCGAAAGUCACCUCGUGCCUUGUUCGUUGCUGUCACCAUGGCAGGACCCAGUAGAGGUCGCGGGCGGCGAUCACUGCCCUCGUUACGGCGCUCUCCGCAUUCUGCGACAGAAGGCAACGAAGAGGGCCAAUCACGACCCGCACCGGUCUUGGCAGCAGGCUCAUCAUCAGGUACGACGGACACGGCAUUCGACUCUGGGCCGGCGCAUAGCGAUCGCAACGAAACAGCGGAACAGACGUCGACGGCAGCACCGUCAAGACUACCCGCCUCUCACUCGUAUCCAUUCCUAGCGGCGCCUCCACCGGAUAGAGUCUUUACCCGGCGACUGAGGCGCCGCUCGUCGACGCCGACUGCAUCGUCCUCCUCGUCAGCAGGUAUUACGAGGAGAGAAGCAGGGGCAACACAAGAGCAAAUGCCGACUAGCAGCAGUGGUAGUGCAAGCGGCAGAAAGGGGCACGCUUCGAGAUCGACGGCCUCGAGUGGUGUGGGCAUCGGCCCAAGCGAUGCUGGUACCAAAGUCUCAGGCGCUGGUGACCCUGCAACUUCUGCUUCCACCCCUUCUCAUCGUCGCUCUCCCUCGUCUUCCCCGCCAACAUCACCUUCCUCGAGCAGGCCAAAGCGUCGUAGGCCAAGCCGCCGUCGUUCACUUGGUGCCUCGACUCCUCGCUCACCUCCACCGCCAACGCCAACUUAUACACGUUCGGCGAGUGGCAGUCUCAGUGGAUCGGUACAGGCGCUGGAGCCUCGAUCCGUGCAGCGAGCCAUGGAUUUCUCCCAUCGGUGAGUAGAUCUUGAGCAGAGCAAAGCAGAAUGAGAAAGAUGAUAAGCAGCGGCUCACAAGCGUACCUGACUGCCUUCGUGUCGUUGUAGCCGCUACGAGCUCGUCUCGAUUCAAGAGCCUACAGAUGGGUCUGCUUUCGGCUCCAAUCUC